UGCCUCUGUAGUUCCACAACACGCUUGUAACGCUGCGUAGUGGAAAAACAAACCUGAAACUUUGGUGACAUGAGCGCUGAUAAUUCUGGUGGAAACGUGUCUGUUCCUUUACGAAAUCUGCUGAACUCCAUCCAGUGUAUCAGGGACCGAGUCAGAGAUGGAGAAUCGAAUGAGUCAGACGGGGCUUUCAACCUCUCCAACUUCUGGGACACUCUGAACCAGGCAGUGAAGGCAGUGUCCCAGGAAGCCACUAAACUGAGCCUGGCCUUCUCCAAACCCCCUCUGCCAUCACAACAGGAUGGAGAGAAGUUGUCAGAGUCCAUCCUGAAGAGUGUCCUGACUCUGUCCACAGUGUAUUACUGGCUGCCGAAGAGUCAAGGCGUGAGUCUGCGCCGACAGGUCCGAGACGCCACGGUGGAGGUGCUGGAGGGAGUCACACAGCUGCUGGAGGUCAUCCUGAGCUCACCGCUGCAAAGUCUGAGCCAGGAACAGCUGACGUCAACGGGAGGCGUGUGGUCUGCCUGCGACCAGUUCGCUCAGCUGCCCCAAGAUAAUAAGGCAGCAGUGCUGGUGGUUCUGUCCUCUCAGACUGCAGUCGUAAAAGACGCCAUAGAGGAAAUUGAACAGGCGUUAUCUGAGGCCGAGGAUCCGUUCAGCGACGUUCUCGACGACGACCAGGAUGAGGAGAACCCUCGAGGCAACCAGGACACGUACUGGUCGGAGAAGGACCGCCGCGUGAUUGGUCCGUGCCAGGGGCUGAUGAAAGCAGCGACGGCCUGCCUGAGGAAACUGACGUCAGCCGUCAAAGCCAACGGUGACUGCAGCACGGCCCAGAACGUGGCUCAGCUCGACGACUUGGCCGACAUCAGCAAAGAGAUCAGCCCCGGCGCUGACGACCUGGCCCUCUGCCUCUACCCGCCCAUGGACUACAGCGGAGUAGAAAACAAUGUGUCUAAAUUGGCAGCACUUUUAAAGAAGUUUCUGGAGAUUAUCAGGUCCAGUCAUGCGUGCGGUGAAUCGGAGCUGACCUGGGUUCAGUUCUUAGAGGGAGCCGUCGACCACAACCUGCAGAAAGCCAAAGAUCUCAUUCAGCAGGACAGCUAGUGUUUCUGUGCAGUUAGGAGUGUUUUUUUUAUGUGGCAGUGUGAGGAAUGAAUGGGUGUAAGGUGUGUGUGUGUGUGAGUGGAGUGUGUGCAUCAAAAACAUGAAAGCAUGCACUUACACAAACUCCUCUGCAAUAACAAGCGUCCUUAUGUAACAGCAUACAUUAAUCCUGUUUGCAGUUAACUGCUCGUCAAAACCCACAACCUGCCUCAUCAGCAGUUGUGCCACAACCAUCCGAAAUGGAUUUAAUAAAUCAAGCAGUUCUUUUUUAAUGAUCCUAAUUAAAUUGUUGAUCAACAACGAGUAACUGAGCAGCAAGAUUUAGCGUCUGAAGAGUUCCCACAAAUAACAGGUAUGAAAUACUGCAGCAAAACCGCUGCAUUUAAUGAAGUAGAAGCAUGUUUAGGGCCAGUGCCAAGCUCCGACUUAAACACAAUGCAUGAACUCUGGAGAAAGCGGCGUCUCUGUCAGGGUGAACAGAUUGCCUCUAAUGCAGGUUAAGCCUGAAGCAAAGCCUGAAAUCUGCCCUGAGCAGGACCAGGUUUGACUCAACGGGGUGAAAGUGUGCUGUGUGGUCCGACUGAUUUAACGCCCUUUUACGAAGCAAAAAGUCCUGAAAACAAGCCCAGUUAAACACACCAAACACAUUGUAAGCUCUAAUUUCUGAACUGGGCGGUUCUGUUUGUUCUUGGCAGGUCAUAAAUGUAAAAUAUGUUUUUCUCCCCCAUCAAACAGGAGUAUACACACAGUGUGGAAUAAGACGGCUUUAAUGACGUCUGUGCAGAAUAAAGUUAAAUUGUUUGCUUCAUA